AUGUCUCAGGGCUAUCUUGAAGAGUAUUUGGUGGAUGGUAAAUCAAAUUGUCCUUAUGAUGGUUGUAAUAGAGAUAUCGAAACUUUUCUCUCUCAGGAUCUUUUAAAGGGAUUACAAAAUCAGAUAGCCCCCAAAGACGUAGAUAACAAUAAUGAAGCGCUUACAGAAGAAUCUAAAAAUCAGAAAAAAU